UCAGAAAAACGCUCGCUGCCCCCAGUCCAGACCCACCGAUUCCGCCUCUGGGCUGGAAGCAUCUGCGUCUUUCUCGUCUCUCUUGGGGGUUGCUUGUGGGGCAGCAUCCAUGGGCUCUGCUGGGGUCCCCCUGCUGCUGCUGGUGGGGGCGCUGUCCCGGAUCCCUGGAAGUGAAGGGGGUCGGGAGCCCCCCGCCCAUUUCUUGUGUCAGGCAAAGCUCGACUGCCACUUCCUCAACGGGACGCAGCGGGUGCGCUACCUGAAGAGGUUCUUCUACGACCGGCAGGAGAUUGACCGCUUCGACAGUGACCUCGGGGAGUUCGUGUCCAUCACCCCGUUGGGGCAGGCUGACUAUUGGAACACCCGCCAGGACAUGCUGCAGGUUGCGAGGGCUGAAGUGAAUCGUUUCUGCCGAUACAACUACGAGGCAGCCAAGACAGGGCUUGUGAUUGGCUGG